UUAGCCUGUUCUGUUUAUGUGUCGUCAGAGACAGUUCCUAUCAAAAUCUCUGGUGUCGUUCAAGAACAUGUAACUUUACCACUACAUGUUGAAGCGUAAAAUCAGCAUAUGGUGCAUUUGAGAUGUUGAUUCGCACUCCGCAGUAGAAGAAAAAUGAAGAUAAACAUCGAUGGACUGCUGGUCCUGUUCCCCUAUGACUACAUUUACCCUGAGCAGUACUCCUACAUGCUAGAGCUCAAGAGGACUCUUGAUGCUAAGGGACAUGGCGUGCUCGAAAUGCCCUCGGGGACCGGCAAAACAAUCUCUCUGCUGUCAUUGAUUGUAGCAUAUCAGAAAGCCUAUCCCCUGGAGGUCACCAAGCUGAUUUACUGCUCUCGAACAGUGCCGGAAAUAGAGAAGGUUGUGGAGGAAUUGCGAAAACUUCUCGAGUAUUACUCCAAGGAGACGGGGAAGGACAACGAUUUUGUAGCGCUGGCACUCUCCUCCCGUAAGAACCUGUGUGUUCAUCCAGAGGUCAGUUCAUUACGCUUUGGGAAGGAGGUGGAUGGGAAGUGCCACAGUCUGACGGCAUCGUACAUCCGAACUCAGCGCCAUAGCAACCCCAGCCUGCCGUCCUGCCGCUUCUACGAGGAGUUUGAUGCAGUGGGGAGGCAGGUGCCCAUCGCUCCCGGUGUCUAUAACCUUGAUGACCUGAAGGAUUAUGGACGCAGGAAAGGGUGGUGUCCUUACUACAUGGCACGAUACUCUAUCCUCCAUGCUAAUAUCAUCGUGUACAGCUACCACUAUCUACUGGACCCUAAAAUCGCAGAUGUGGUCUCCAAAGAACUGGCUAAACAAUCGGUGGUCGUCUUCGAUGAAGCCCACAACAUAGAUAGUGUGUGCAUUGAUUCCAUGAGUGUUAACAUCACACGCAGGACAUUGGAUCGCUGUCAACAGAACGUGGACACUUUGCAAAACACAAUUCAGAGGAUCAAGGAAACUGAUGCAGCGAAGUUGAAGCAGGAAUACAGACAGUUACUGGAGGGGCUGAAAGAAGCUGGCGUGGCCAGAGAGACGGACGUUUUUCUGUCUAACCCAGUGCUACCAGAUGAAAUUCUCCAAGAGGCUGUUCCAGGCAGCAUUCGCACAGCAGAACACUUUAUAGGUUUCCUGAAGCGUUUCUUGGAAUACAUGAAGGCCAGACUGCGCACUCACCAUGUGGUCCAGGAAAGCGCUCCCCAGUUCCUGAAGGACAUCUUUGAGAAGGUGUGCAUCGAUCGGAAACCCAUGAGGUUCUGUGCUGAAAGGCUGAGCUCAUUGCUGCGCACUCUGGAGAUAGCAGACCUCGCUGACUUUUCUGCUAUCACGCUCAUUUCACAUUUCGCCACACUUGUCAGCACCUACAGCAAAGGCUUCACAAUCAUCAUUGAGCCAUUUGAAGACAGGACCCCCACCAUUCCUAAUCCUGUACUGCAUUUCAGUUGUAUGGAUGCCUCCAUUGCCAUUAAGCCAGUGUUUGAAAGGUUCCAGACCGUCAUCAUCACAUCAGGGACUCUCUCUCCUUUGGAUAUCUAUCCCCGCAUCUUGGAUUUCCAUCCCGUCACCAUGGCAUCCUUCACCAUGACGCUGGCACGCACCUGUUUGUGUCCUCUGAUUGUUGGAAAGGGCAAUGACCAAGUGGCCAUGAGUUCCAAAUAUGAGACGCGAGAAGAUUUUGCUGUCAUUCGCAACUAUGGUAACCUGCUGCUCGAGGUUUCUGCCAUUGUUCCAGAUGGCAUUGUGGCGUUUUUCACGAGCUACAUAUACAUGGAGAAUAUUGUGGCAGCGUGGUAUGAGCAGGGCAUCCUGGAGAACGUGCAGAGGAACAAGCUGAUCUUCAUCGAGACUCCAGAUGCAGCGGAGACCAGCAUGGCUCUGGAGAAGUAUCAGGAGGCUUGUGAAAAUGGUCGCGGUGCAAUCCUGCUGUCUGUGGCAAGAGGGAAGGUGUCUGAAGGAAUUGACUUUGUUCAUCAUUAUGGACGAGCUGUGAUCAUGUUUGGGGUCCCGUAUGUUUACACCCAGAGUCGGAUUCUCAAGGCUCGACUAGAGUACCUGCGAGACCAGUUUCAGGUGCGGGAGAACGACUUCCUCACCUUCGAUGCCAUGCGUCAUGCGGCACAGUGUGUUGGCCGCGCCAUCCGCGGGAAGACGGAUUACGGCCUUAUGAUCUUUGCUGACAAACGCUACGCUCGGGCUGACAAGAGAGGCAAGCUGCCGCGCUGGAUCCAGGAGCACAUCACCGACAGCAGCCUCAACCUCACCAUCGACGAGACGCUACAACUCUCCAAACACUUCCUGAGACAGAUGGCACAGCCUUUCAAACAGGAGGACCAGCUGGGCCUGUCACUACUCACGUUGGAGCAGCUCCAGUCAGAGGAAAUGCUGUCGCGCAUUAAUGACAUCACACACAAGACGUGAGGCUCAGCUCUCCUCAUCUCACCCACGAGGCGUGAGGGACAGCGCUCCUAACCCGCUAUCAGGGCUUCACAUUAUCUCUCUUGCUCAUCAGGCAAUGUGGCUAAGGGUUUUUUUUCUCAAGUCACUAGCCAUUCCGCCUUACUUCUAGCCACAGGUUUGUUGUCAAUAUUUUUUUAUAUACCAUGAUAUGGUUAAACUCAGAAGGUGGUCAAGUGCUGAAGCAGGAAUAUCAGCGUUACAUGAAAAUAGGUGAAACUCAGACUUGCUGCACAAACAAAACUGAGGCGCUAACCACAGCUGAGUUUUACCUGCAUUUGGUUGGUGGGCAGGUCUCAGUGUCAAGCCAUGCUUGCUAAUGCAUUGGAAAUUGCUUCCAGUCUUUUUCAUUCCGCAAAAUCUUUUUUUUUCUUUGUACCAAGUUUGUGAUGGUAGUGUUUGUGAUUUCUUGAAAUAAAAGACGUCAUCUUUUUAAUCUGUGA